GGCAUUUGGGUAACUUGCGGCAGCCACCCGCCGACCGGUCGACGAUUACAGUACCACUUUCCCUCACACUUCGAACGUUGCAUCCAUCAUGGUGAUUCAACACUGCGGGCGUCCGAUAGGCAAGGGCGCCAGGGUAGGUUGAGUGCAGUGCGGAACGACACGGAAGCCGCGGGAGUUUGAUUUGAAGCUGAAGCUCGCUUGACCGGGCAGCAGCGACAACAACAUCAACCGACGUCUUCGGCCCAAUUUGAGUCCUCAGGACAACAAGGAAGGUACGUAAAGGCUGGCUUGAGGCUGUCACGAUCUUUGUCCAAGUUUUACCAUGACGGCCGACAAUCAUGAGCUCCUCCUGCCCCGAUCGCGCUCCGAAUAUGCCCAUGUCACUACCUAAGUAACCCCAACAAGAGGCCAGGGCAGCGGAUUUUGAAGGGCUGGCCAUCAAUCAGUCACUUACACCAAAAAUGCCGUAUGCCAAGACAAGCCCUUGAAGACAUCCUUCCCUUUUAUCAUGCAAGGAAACGCGAUUAUCGUACCAGUCCGUCAUCGUCGUUGACAACAAAACAACAUUGGUAAGGGAAAACUCUACUCCAGGUACCUAGGUACGCAAAGCCAAGGCGCAAGCAACCUGAGGGCACACACGGACAAUUCUGGUCAUCCAAUGCAACGAAGAAUAAGAGGAGAAAAUGUGUGUGUUCUGCGGAGCAGAUAGUCCGGCUUCGCUGUAUCAUUCCGUCACCACUCCCAUCUCUUUCAACACCUAGACGUGCCACACAAUGUUAUCGCUGAGCAAAGCUACCUAUGUACUGUAUACUGGGGUAGAUCGGCAGCUCGACAAGCCAAUCGGCAGAACAAGCGAACUAGUGUCGCGAACAGCGUAUGUUGGACGGCUCAUGGAGUGGAUUUGCGGUUGGGAGGUCAAAGAGCCUGAAGCUUAUCUGGUCCUCCUUGUCCAGACUCGGUUGUUGUCUUCACCACCCUUGGUUGGUUGCAGGUACCGGUACGUCUUCCUUUCGCAGUUACGUACCUGACUACCACUUAAGAGCUACUACCCUAUGGUAGAAGCUCGGUGCGCCGGCACGCCUGCUGUCGUCCCUCCUUCGUCCCUUCGCGUUGACGGGACAAUGACGCCGGAAAACUCGGGUUUCGAGAACUUUCUGAUUAAGCCUUCACAAACCAAGUGAUGUGACUAAUGUUAUCUCCGGGCCCUGCAAGCAGAUGUCAUUCAAACAUUCAAGAGAGGCCAGACCAGAAAGCACACAUCUCUCCAGCCUGCAUCUAUAAAAUACCAGUCUUGCCUACACCCGACCCAAUACCUGUCAGUCCAUCACCAGAGCAUCAGCAACAACAGAGUUCGUACAACACUUCAACAACAGCAUACACUCCUCACCAAUUUUGGCCAUCCUUACUAGGCAACGAGGAAAUCGACGAGUUCUUUCGCUCCCGUCUAGUGUACGACAUAGCAUCAGCAACCGUUUUACCUAAGCGACCCGUAGAGGUAUCAUCGGAACCACAAUGGCGAUUUUACUCCCACGCAACGACGUCUUGAACGUCCAUCCCGCUCCUCAGGGCCAGCAUCUAAGUGUGCACGGUUCGGAUUGGCUUUGGGCUGCUACUGCCCUCUUUGCAUUUAACACACUCGUCCUAUUUGCUCUCAAAUUUAAGGCCAGUCGCGGUGAACGCCUCUGGCAUUACAUCUGGAUUGUCACCAACCUGGUGGCUACCUUCGCCUACUUUGCUAUGGCGGCUAACCUCGCCUGGGAUGUGGUCAGCCAAAGGAACCAGGUUCGUCAACAUGGCCCUACCCGUCAGAUCUUCUGGGCCAAGUAUGUUCUAUGGGUCGUCUCUUUCCCUGCGGCUAUCCUCGCCAUGGGCAUUCUCUCCGGUGUCUCUUGGGCUACCAUCGUUUUCAACAUCUUCCUCUCUUGGAUCUGGGUCAUCGGUUACCUCGUCGCCGCCUAUGUUCCUUCCAACUACAAGUGGGGUUUAUUUGCCUUUGCCGCUCUUGCCCACAUCUUCCUCGCUUUUGAGACCCUGUUCCGCGCCCGCAGCUCGGCUAACCGUGUUGGUAUCAACCGCGAUUACACGAUGCUCUCUGGCUGGACCAACCUCCUGUGGCUCCUCUAUCCCAUUGCCUGGGGUGUCUCUGACGGCGGCAAUGUCAUUGGUGUCACCAAGAGCAUGAUCUUCUUCGGCAUUCUCGACGUCCUCUUCAUCACCACUCUCAGCUACGCCUUUGUCGUCCUCAGCCGCCGCUGGGACUACAGUCGCCUCAAUAUUGCCUUCACUCAGUACGGCCGCGUCCCCAUCGCCGGUACUUAUCCCGAGAAGCAUGCCACCACCGAUCCACACUCCGGCGUGACUGACCCUCACACUGCUGCUCCUGCCGUUUAAGCAACGCACUACUUCAUAGGGUCAUGAUAUGACCCAUUUAGGUGUACGGUCUGGCCGCACAACUUAUGAUGAGCCUCUCCCAGCCUGCUCAUCCUUGAAUGGUUGAGCACCUAGGAAUGGGAGACAUUUCUACACGACUUUCUUACGACGACACGCCAAUGUGCUUCUUUUCAUGUCCGGUUACAGUUUAGGCUUGGUUACAGUGCACAACGAUACCCUACAUCCGCUCGUUUUUGUAUUUUUACUUAGUAAUUUGAUGAAGGACGAUAGAGGUCAUGAUUUGGGAUGGAUAUACCACGAAAAGGCGGCCUGUUAGCUCCGGUGGAGGAAGGAUGAGGUGAAUGAAAUUAGUCGAUAUCACUACGGAGUUGAGACGCAUGGUGGGAUGGCUGCUAAUGUCGGGUAUAAUGGAGCAGAUGGAGGAGGUAUCCCAUGCUAUAGACAACUCUGUUAAAUAUUUAAUAACAUGAUUCGUUUGAAAGAAAACUCAUUGGUCAACGGGGAGACAGAAAGCUUUAGAUAGGCGCUGGGAGCCUGGGAGACGUAGCUUAGGCGGCUUCGCUACG